AUGGAAAAUAACGACAUCAACGGAGCCGCGGACUUGAACGCAUCGCCGACUGAGUUCGAGCACUACCUUAAUGGACAGGCGGCUGGCCGAUUCUUGUACUCUAGUCCUGGGCUUUUCAACUCGUCGCCCUACAGCGGUUCGAAUGAUUUCUACCUUUUUGAGCAUAAAUGAUAAUCCCAGCUGCCGGCUCGUACCCUCUCAACUUCAACUCUUCUGUGGAUCCCAACGCAAGUUUCAACCAGAGUCUCUCCGGUUUCUUGCAGUUUGGACAGGACUCUUAUUCUCCACAACCUUUAAUCAAGGUUUGCUCUCGCGCUUUCGGAGAUUUUCAUCUUUUUAGCCGGCGUUUGGUAGAAAUGGAACGAAAAGCUGGGCGAGAGGCACUCCUGAGACGGAGCUGCGUCCCAAAUUUGGAAUCCCGACGUUCGAGGAUGACUCUUUCGUCUCACUCAUGUCCCAAGCGUCGCUGAACACCUCGGACAUCCCAAGUCCUGCUUCCAAGUAUCCUUUCCAUUUGGGAUUUGUAUAUGAGUUACUAGGAGUAUGAUCUCUCGAUCGGCGUCUCUCCCUGCUUGGGCCGUGGACGACGUGGGCAACAUCCGCUCGACUGUCAAUCUUCGCAGCAUCCUCAUCCAAGAUGACAUCGUCGCUUUUGCUUCUGACAAAGCUGGUUGCCAGUCAGUUUCAAAAAUGAUUGAAGACGUGAAUUUAUGUCUAGAACUUGAAUUUUUCAGCUUCCUCCAGAAGAGCUAUCCUGACGAUGCCGACGGCUCCAUCCGCGAUGAGAUCUUUCACAAGAUCGUCGAAAACAAAGAAACAUUCUUGGUAUGAUCCAACUGAAGUGAUAUUUCGAUCUUCAUCGUUCAGGCCAUGUGCCAAAACAUCUUCGGCAACUUUUUCAUCCAACGCGUGAUCGAGUGCUCCCGUCCGUCGGAGCAGGAGAUCAUCAAGGUGCAUCUUUCCGACGACAUGUCCAUUCUGUGUCUCGACAAGUGCGCUUGCCGUGUUGUCCAAAUCGCCAUUCAGGUUCCUUGUUUCAAUUUUAAGAAGGAAAAUCAACUACCUGAUCUCAGAAGUUGGACGUCAAUCUGGCGUCGUCACUGGCCGGCGAACUUCGCAACUCGGACCUUCGCGUUAUGUGUUCUGAUCAAAAUGGCAACCACGUCAUCCAAAAGGUUCUCAGAAAAUUCUUUUAAAAGAAUAUUUAUACUAUUUUGUGAGACGGUCACGUUUUGAAAGAACUUGGAAUUUCUAGAGGGGUCCCUAUAGGGUUGGGGGAGAAACCAGCCUCUGUAGGGGCCGAAAAAGUGAUUUCUAUAGGGUUGAUAUAAACGAGGUUACUAUAGCCGUUCAGGGUCGGACCGCUUAGCCCCUAAAGCUUAAGUGAUCCCUAUAGGGGUCUUAAAAUUUCUUUUUAAAACGCUCAUUUAUUUUGCAUGAAAAUUCUUGGAGUACAAAAAAAAGAUCUAUUGGCAUGUCCCCUAUAGGGGCUACUAACUAAAACCCCUAUAGGGAUCACUUUUGCAGCUUUAGUAGUCCUUAUAGGGGUAGGUAAAGAGCUCCCUAGAGAGGAACCUCCAAGGGCCUUCUUUGAAAUUUCCAAAAACUUUUAUCCUAUCGAAAAACGACCAUAUAUUCUUCAGAUAAUCAAGACGCUGCCGAUCUCGGCGUGGUCUUUCAUCGUGGAAUUCUUCUGCAAGGACGACCAGCUGAUCAGCGUUUGCCAAGACAAGUACGGCUGUCGCGUCGUGCAGUCGACCAUCGAGAAGCUCUCCGACAAUCCCAAGGUGAGCCGAGAGAGAGCUAGACGAGGUGUUGACGUCGUCUUCAGUCGCCUUGCUACUCUCAACGCACUCGGCUUCUUCACGGCCUGAUGAUCGGCAUCACGAAAAACUGCGGUCAACUCUCGGCCAAUGAGUUCGCCAACUACGUCAUCCAGCACAUCAUCAAGGCUGGCGGCGUCAUGGAAGGCUACCGUAACACUAUCAUCGAGAAGUGCCUUCUGUAAGUUGAGAAAUGGACAGAUUCUCGGAAUAUUGCUCAGGGGAAGAACGGCAUGCCAGCGCGCAUCUACUCGGACAUUGGUAACGCAAAUCAGACGUGUCGGGGCAUUUCAAGUGACUCCUAUAGUAGCCUCAGCGCUCUUAAGUGAUCCCUAGAAAUGCCCAGAAAAGUCCGGAGCACAUCCGUUUCGCGUUACCGAUGUCCGAGUGAAAAAAGAAACGACAGACCAGCGCGCAUGCAUCAGUUUAGAGAGUACGGUAAACUUGGAGAGACCAGACUCGUACUCUCCUCUCUUUACACCCUGUCUGAGGACCUGCCCGCUGGUCUGCCUUUUUUUUUUUAAUUUGGCAUGUCUCGAGUCUGGUCUCUCCGAGUUUACCGUGAUCUCUAAACUGAUUCAUGCGCUCUGGUGGUCCUCCUGAGUGAACUCUGACACCAGGCAUCAUUGAAAUUGAGCAUUUAGGCGCAAUUUGCUGUCGAUGUCGCAGGAGAAGUACGCGUCUCACGUCGUCGAAGGAGCUUUUCUUUUCGCGCCGCCGAAUCUUCUACGCGAGAUGAUGGAGGAGGUCUUCGACGGCUACGUGCCUCAUCCGUGAGUUUCCCCCGUAUCAUUCAACACACAAAUGGUCUUUUAGAGACACUAACCGCGAUGCUCUCGACAUCUUGCUCUUCCAUCAGUUCGGCAACUUUGUCAUCCAGCAGAUGAUCCACAUCUGUUGCUCGGCCAUCCUUGGACACAAGUUGGACCUCCUCCAACGACUGUAAUGAGUAAAUGGAAUUCAGAGAGCGCAAAAUGGACGAAGGAGACCUGCAGAUGCACCGAGACUGGCUCGAGCGCAUCAAAAACCGCGUCGCCAAGAACAUCGUUCGUCUAGAACGGUUGGUAAUUGCAAAGAAGAUCCGAUCAACUCGGAAGUUUCAGAUUUUCGUCUGGCAAAAAGAUCAUCAGCGCAUUGAACAAGAUGGACAGCAACUUCUGGAGCAUGUGCCAGGCGAACGCCGGCCUCAGCGACGACUCCAGAGACUCUUCGUUCUCUUGCGGCCUCAAGCAGGCUCCGUCCUCGCUGCUUUACUUCGGUCGCGCAUAG